ACAGGCUGUCUCCUCUGCAAAAGGAGACAAUAAAAGAAGCAUUGAAGCACAUUUACUUUGUGUUUUGGGAACUGGAACAGCUGAUUAUGGGGUUACUUCCGGGUCAGUCUCAGUGAGGACCCUCGUACAGUGGAAGGAAGUGGAGCCACGUCAUCUAUCUUGUAUACAGGUAUUGUGGCAGCCGGAAGUAGCCUUUUCAGCACAGAAGCGCAGAUGCAGCUCACAGAGAGAAGUUGCGACAAUCUGAAAAUUUAAGGCUUUCUGGAAAAACGCCGCAGUUUUCUUUCCUUCCCGUUUUGACCUCGUCUCCUCUUAUGCGAGCACCGAUGCGGAGGUUUUGUCUGAGUAGCGACACCUAUCGUUCAGGAGAAUACUGCAGCGACGUCACUGUUUCCGCGCGACGCGACCAAGCCGAGAGUGUAGAUGCGUCUGAGGAGGAAGUGCUCGUACACAAAUGAGAGGAAACCGCGAUCCGCUGGAUCUGCGAUCGAGUGUUCUGAGUCCUUAAAGAACAACUGCAGCCCGGCACCGGAAUUACACCGAGGUUUGAUUUCAUUCGCAUCCUCUCCGUGCCAGCGGAAGCCAGCCGCCCCCGCCCCCCAGUGACCCAGAAACCGAACAGCUGCUGGCAGAUGGAGAAGCAGGCCGGAGCAGCCGGCGCGGGGGAAGGAGCGGGGCCGAACAGGAAGCCGUGGGUCUCGCCGACGUGCGGCCCAGCACCCGGUGAUGCCCUAGACAGCCCAACAGGUUCUCAUGUGGAGUGGUGUAAACAGCUGAUAGCAGCCACCAUCUCCAGUCAGAUCUCAGGAUCAGUCCAACCAGACAUUGUGAGCAGGGACAACAAGGCUGGGAGAAGACCGGACUUCAUGGUGUCCAAGAGGCUCAAUCGCAGGGAUUCACAGGAUGAAGGGCUUUGUUACCAAGGAGAAAUAGAUUCUGAGCAUCCUUCCAGUGCUUUGAACCUUCCAGUUCUGAGAUACGGAGCACAGGUCAAAAUGUUCCAGAACCAGGUUCCUCUGCUCCCUGGAGAGACCAUCCAAACCACAGUCAAGGAUGUGAUGUACAUUUGCCCAUUCAGCGGUCUGGUUAAUGGGACUCUGACCAUCACAGACUACAAGCUGUACUUCAUCAGUGUGGAAAAGGAGUCUCCCUUCAUUCUUGAUGUGAAUCUGGGAGUCAUUAGCAGGCUCGAAACCAUUUGUGUUCCCAUCCAGGGAGAGAACAACAAAGGACUGGAGCUGGUUUGCAAGGACAUGAGGAGUCCCAGGUUUGCCUAUAAGAUGGAGGAGAGCCAGCCAGAUGUGGUGGAGGUGCUGGCCAAACAUGCCUUUCCUCUCUCCCACAGUCUGCCCCUGUUUGCCUUCCUGUACAAGGAGCAGUUUCCUGUGGAUGGCUGGAAGGUGUACGACCCAGCAUCAGAAUACAGACGUCAGGGACUCCCCAAUGAGAGCUGGACCAUCAGUAAGAUAAACAGCACCUAUGAGCUAUGUGACACCUAUCCUUCCAUCCUGGUGAUCCCCACCAACAUCACAGAUGAAGACAUCAAGCGAGUGGCUGUGUUCAGAGCCAAGCACCGCAUACCGGUCUUGUCCUGGAUCCACCCGGAGUCUCAGGCCACCAUUGUGCGCUGUAGCCAGCCACUAGUUGGACCUUCAGAUCGUCGCUGUAAAGAAGAUGAACGUUUUCUCCAAAUCAUCAUGGACGCCAAUGCUCAGUCCCACAAGCUCACCAUCUUUGAUGCGCGGCAGAGCAGCGUGGCCAUCACCAACAAGGCAAAGGAUGGCGGGUAUGAAAGUGAAAGUUUCUACCCCAACGUAGAGCUCAACUUCCUAGAAAUCCCAAACAUUCAUGUGAUGAGAGAGUCCCUUAGGAAGAUGAAGGACGUAGUUUAUCCUACCAUAGAUGAAGCCCAUUGGCACUCUGCCAUUGACCAGACGCAUUGGCUGGAUUACAUACGGCUGUUAUUAGCAGGAGCAGCAAAGAUAGCUGAUAAGCUGGAGUCUGGAAAGACAUCGGUGGUGGUUCACUGCAGUGAUGGCUGGGACAGAACAGCCCAGCUCACCUCUCUGGCCAUGCUGAUGCUGGACAGUUACUACCGCACACUCAGAGGCUUCCAGGUUCUAGUGGAGAAGGAGUGGAUUAGCUUUGGACACAAGUUUUCUGCUCGCGUGGGUCACGGUGAUGAGAACCACGCUAACUCAGAGCGCUCACCUCUCUUCGUCCAGUUCAUUGACUGUGUCUGGCAGAUGACUCGACAGUUCCCAGCAGCCUUUGAGUUCAAUGAGCUCUUCCUGAUCACAGUGCUGGACCAUCUCUACAGCUGUCUGUUUGGUACAUUCCUCUACAACAGUGAGCAGGAGAGGGUGGCCCAGGAGGUUCCAGGCAAGACUGUGGCUCUUUGGUCCUACAUCAACAGCCAACCUGAGGACUUCACCAACCCCUUCUAUGUGGACUAUGAGAACCAUGUUCUAUACCCGCUGGUUUCAUCCAGACACCUGGAGCUGUGGACCAGCUACUACGCCCGCUGGAACCCACGCAUGAGACCACAGGUGCCGGUGCACCAGACUCUGAAGGAGCUCCUCAUCCUGAGAGCAGAGCUCCAAAGGAGGGUGGAAGAGCUGCAGAGAGAGGCCUCCUCCCACUCGCUGUCCUCCUCCUCUGACCACUCCCCGACACAUACCACAGGAACGCCGCUUCACACUGCUGUCUGACAUGCGUCUGAAGCACCGCCGCACCUCACUGCUUUUAUGCUCGUUUUAACAGAGUUACACCAAAAUACUGAUUGACUGACAUUUUUAUUAACAAUUCCACAUUUGAGGGGAUAAAAAAAGAUGUUUGUAAAAAUAAAAAAAAUAUUUAAAGAAAAUAUUUUAAAGGAGACCUAACUGAUGCUUCCUCUUGUUCUAUUUAUAUUAUUUUAAACUUCUUUGCACUUCACCCGAGCCUGUGUCGUCUGUACUGUGGAGAGCUCUGUUCAUACAGUCUUUUGGUUACAGUUAUUCAUACAGAGCCGGGAAACUGCUGUAAAUAGAAACGAAAUUUCAAAGCCACAUUUGGUGCAUGAAAUGCUACUGUGUGCGCACAAGAAGCGAUUUGUUCAUCUGUCAGCCUGAGACAAAUGUAACCCACAUACAGGCAGCAUGCACAGCAGACCAGCCUUUUCCAUCUAAGCAGCAAGUGCGCUGGAACUCAGUGAAAUGCUGUCAAAGUCCACAGUGUCUUCCCAACCACGGCAAAGACAGAAAACCAGCUGCAGUUAAUGUGAAGUGAUUUUUGGUGUAACUGCGAGUGGAUACCUGUGCAGUUUGUUCUCGUAGUGUUGCACUCUGUGGAUGUUUAAUGGGCACCCGCCCCACAGCUGACCACUCUUAGACACACAGUGAUGCACAGGACCCCCCCCCCCACCUUGAACCUUACUCUAUUUAAAAUGUGUGCAGGCUCCCUACAUGCAGACCUGAUUCUCAGUCCAGUGAAGCUGCCUCCAGUUUUAUCAGUAAGCAGUAUUAUUUCUGUAUGAUGUCAUUAGUCUGAGGGCUCUGUUACUGAUGCUAAGCAUGCUCUAGCUUCACACUGGUGCUGUUUGGUGAUUUGUAAUAAAGAAAGUGAUGUCCUGCAGUUCCUUUGUUCCAUAAACAGAAACUGUAACAUUAACUCUCCCCCCUUUGGACACCUACUACCCUUAUUUCAGGGCUGACUGUGUGCGAUCUCUGCCUUCGCAGCUUAUCCUUAUUAUUACUGAUAUGUAAGGUGUCAAGCCUCAUCGUUAAGGGAACGGGGAGGUCAUCAAAUGUCGUCUUUUUUUUUUUGAUAAAGUGUUAAGAGAAUCUAUUUUUUUUAUUGUUAGAACAACUGCAGCUGUGGCCAUUUUAUUUUCCAGCUCUAACAUGCAGUUAACGGCACGUCCACAUGGAAAUUCCCAUCUUCAAACACAGGGACCAAAUCGAGCCUCUGCCUUCACACACUGCAGCUUUCCUUCUUCACACGGACCUUUUUGGGUUUUUCACUGUAUAAAAUUCCACUGUUUGUAAUCCAUGCCCCUCGUGUAUCAGUAUACAUACACUUGUGUGUGACUGCAGCUGUGGCUCGUGACAGACAGCAGACGUGUGACCUGUCACCUUUUUGGGACGGUGGGGGCUGCACACACAUCACAUACAGCAGCAGAAGAAUAAAAAGGGAAAAUACAAAGCACAUUACUGACAGUGGCUAUUAAUAUUAUUGGUGUUACCUUUGAGUUUACACAUGAAAGAAAGUCUUGAAUUUUAUGUAUUUAAACAUGAGUUUUAUGUAUUUUGUAUUUUUGAACCUGUAAAAGUGCAACUGAAUUCCAGCAGGAUCAUCACCAUAACACAGCGGGCACUCAGUAUUGUGAGAGCUGGUUUUCAGCUCCGCUCUGCCUUUGUUUCUUUAUAUUCUAAUUCAGUGUAACCUUUAAACCAUCUGUCUGUAAGCUUUUUUUUUUAUGUAAACACAUUUCAUGUGAAAUUAAACACAAAACUGUCAAUGAGCCAUAUUCACUUCUGACAUUCCAUUAAAAAAAAUA